ACUACCUGGGAACUACAUACUACACGCCCCUUGACUCGACGCACGACUGAUAGCACGUAGGCAAAACUUCUGAAUUUUUGAGUAGCUAAUACAUUCACGUUCAUUGCUAACGUCCGGUACGCACCGAGAAACCAGCUGUUCUCCUACAAAUGGCAACAGUUGUCUUUUGUUCAGUGAACAAAACGGCACAGAUCACCGCGAGACGAUGUUUGUUUUCACAUUUAAAAGGACUUGCUAGUUCAGGAGAGUCACGUCUGCCGUUAUACUGCACUCACAGCCCGUCAGGGACUUCCCUUGCAGGUAAAAUAUGGUUUUCCAGGGGUUACAGCGUACGGUUCACGUCCCAUGGGACCGCAGGCAGAGCCGCAACCGGGCGAACCAGAAGGGGAGCCCUGGUGCUAAUUGGAGCCGCAGCAGUAACAGCAGCAGCGGCGGUAGCGGGGGUUUUAGCCAACGCUAACCACUUCCAGCGUGCUGAAAUGGCAACCAAAGUAUCUCAAGCCGCGAAGGAGACUGAGCAAGAGGGGGAUAUCUUGGAGAGAUGCCGGGGGUUCAUGUCUCCUCCAGUGACCGACAUCGGUGUGCUGCAGGAGAGGAAAGGGGAGAUGCGUACGAGGAUGGAGAUGUUGAUCAUGGAGACGCAGGCUGCCUUUUGCAACGCCCUGGAGGAGGUGGACGGUGGGAAGUUCAAGGUGGACCGGUGGCAGAGGAAUGAAGGUGGCGGAGGAAUCAGCUGUGUGAUGCAAGAUGGAAAGGUGUUUGAGAAGGCAGGGGUCAAUGUAUCAGUGGUGUCCGGACACCUGACCGAGGAGGCUGCCAGACAGAUGAGGAGCAGAGGGAAAGUCCUCAAAGGGAAAGAUGGUAAGCUGCCAUUUUGUGCCAUGGGUGUAAGCUCUGUUAUCCACCCCAAGAACCCCCACAUCCCCACAGUUCACUUCAACUACAGAUACUUUGAGAUCGAAGAGGAAGAUGGCACCAAGCAGUGGUGGUUUGGUGGCGGCACAGACCUGACUCCAGUUUAUAUUAAUAAAGAAGAUGCAUUUCACUUCCACAACACCCUGAAGGAGGCCUGUGACAAGCACCACCCGCAGUACUAUCCAGACUUCAAGAAAUGGUGUGACCGAUACUUCUACAUCCGGCAUAGAGGAGAGACUCGGGGUAUAGGAGGGAUCUUCUUCGAUGACCUGGACUCUCCGAGUCAAGAGGAGGCAUUCAACUUCGUCCAGAGCUGUGCCCGCACCGUGGUACCCUGUUACCUGCCCAUUGUAUACAAACACCUCAACGACUUCUUUACUGAUGAGAACAAAGGCUGGCAGCAGGUACGACGAGGAAGAUAUGUUGAGUUCAACCUGGUGUAUGACAGGGGAGUGAAGUUUGGCUUGGCCACGCCUGGCUCCAGAAUUGAGAGCAUUCUCAUGUCCCUCCCCCUCACUGCCAGGUGGGAGUACAUGCAUGAGCCUGCCAAAGGUACCAUGGAAGCUGAGAUGCUGGAGGUGUUACGAAACCCCAAGGAAUGGGUGUGACCACCACAGUAUUCACAGGUUCACAUGUCAAUAUGGACAAAUCCUCCAUGAAACAGUCUUUGUUGUAUUGUAAAAUGGUUUCACCUGUCAGUAGCAGUUAACACUGUGUUUACCAAAAUAAUAUUGCAUUGCAUGUGUCUGAAAAGUUAUUUAAUCUGCGAUUGGUAUUUUGUUUGCUUUGCUUUGUCUAAUCAGCCUUUUUAACACUUAAUCACAUUAGUUAUGCAUUACUACUGGUGGCCACAGGUUGUCAUUGCCCACUUUUUUGAAAAUGUGCUCUUUUUAAGAAGUGUUUGUUUCAAACACUAGCUGUGUUUUUCUCUAUGCCUGGGCUUAAUGUCGCUUGCUCUACUUGAAGCUCUUUAGCACUACUCUGCUUUAUCAAAGCACUGAAAGGGAAAAUAGGGGCAAAGUGAGCCACGACAUGUACUGUAUGUAUGUGCCACCAUUGGUAUCAAAUGUCAAUAAAUCUGGUUUAUAUGUUUCUGUG